GGGUUCGGUUAUGCGCGCGGCCCGGGGUUUUUACCGCAGUGCAUCAGUCCGAGCGUCACCGGAGCUCCAGAACUCACCGAGCAGCGUUAAACACCGUCAGAUCCCCGCUUACCGAUCACCCGCGUCCGUCUGAGGAGGAUCUUAUCACGGAGGCAAGUGACGGUCUGCAUGAGGCGCUGUAUGUGAAUAUAAAUACAUUAACGGAUGCGCGCGCGGAGCAGUGUUUAUCAGGUGUUGAUUAACGUAAGGGUGUGUGGCUCAUAUAAACUGUGAUCUCAGGUCUCUGAGGGGGGCCUUCACUAAACCUCUGUACAGCAGCAGGCCGCGGAUUCUGGACAUGAAGCUCCAGCACUAGUGUGUGUGUGUGUGUGUGUGUGAGAGAGAGAGAUGAUGAUGAUGAUGAUGAUGAUGAUGAGGCGUCUGCUGCUCCUGUGUGUGUUCUGCACACUCUCCGUGUCUCUGUGCAGCGGCGCCUGUGCCGAGGUGGACUCAGACACCGAAGCUGUGGCAGGAAGGAGCUUCAAGCUGGGAUGCAUCUCCUGUAAGAUGCGUGGAGAGGUGAAGGCCUCGGCCACCGUCGACUGGAUGUUCAGAGCCAGAGGAGAAGCAGACUUCGUACACAUCUACAGCUACGACGGCGAGGCGUCCAGCAUCAUCGACGAACGCUUUCAGGACCGCAUGGAGUGGCACGGCAGCAGGAACACCUACGACCUGCAGGACGCGUCUGUGGACCUCCUGAACGUCACCUUCAACGACUCCGGCGUCUACCGCUGCGUCUUCAACCGAGUGCUGAGCUACGAAUACUACGAGUUCUCCACCACCGCCACCAAACUGGUGCAGCUCUCCGUCGUGGCCAAAGCCACGCGAGGCACGGCGUCCAUCGUGUCAGAGGUCAUGAUGUACGUGACCAUCAUCGGCCUGCAGCUCUGGCUCCUGGUGGAGAUGAUCUACUGCUACAGGAAGAUCUCCGCAGCUGGAGAGGAAGCACUGAGAGCCAGCGCAGCGGAGUAUCUAGCGAUCGCGUCCGAGGGCAAGGACAACUGCGCCGGUGUGCAGCUAGCAGAAUAGCACAGGUUCUUCCAGACGCUCUUCCUCCGGAGCUGCUCUCCCCGUCUCCUCCUCUUCCUCUGUGUUUCUUCACCUGGACGCUCUCGAUCCACACAGCACUCACACAAUACACUGUCCUGCACCACACACCAGUGAAGAUCAAGCUGACCUGACCUGACCUGACCACACACAGGAGCCACGUCUGUGUAUAUCCAACACAUCCUCAGUCGAUCCGAGAGAGAAACCAAUGCUAGAGCCGGGAGGAAACUCUUCCUAGACGCUUCCAUCACUAGAAACUCCUAGUUGUUGUAUAACCCAAGACUCUAGCUCUUUGAUGUAGCAAGCACUCGCAGGAUGUUUGAAAUGCAUUCUGGGUAAGUGCAUUAAGACAUGCGAUAUCUGGUCCGGUCCCGCUGUGUGCUGUUGUGAUGCAUGCCCACACUGCAGUGGAUCUUCUGUCAGACGCCUGAUAUAAUCUGUGGGAAAUGCAGAAGUGCAUGCUGGGAAACGCAGGGCUGGUGGGCGGAAGUGCAGAGAGAGAGAGAGAUGUGCAAAUUAAAUGAGUUCACAUGAAGUCUGGACUCUUAUUUCUUAACUGAGGCGGUGUGGAUGCUAGUUUGUGUUCGCUAACGCUAGUUAACGCAGUCGUCGUAAAAUAAUCACAAAUGUAAAAUUAUCGUAACAGGAUUAAAAACAUUUAUUUAUUAAUAAUAAAGUUAAGAGUAUAUAAAAAUAAAGUGUUUUAAAGACAUUUAUGCAUAGAAAAAUAUAAUUUUCAAUAAAAAAAUAAAAAACUUUUUCAUAAAAAUUGGUUAAAGAUAUAAUUAAAGAAGAUGAUGCAGUGUAAUUAGGGACGAGCUGGAUGGCAGAAGAUAUCAUAUCACCAGUUUAUUUGUUUUUUCUUCAGGAAUCCCUGUUUAAAGAACCAUGCCUUGUGUCUACACGUCUUUGUCAUUAUAUAAUCUUUGUUAUUAAAUCUUUUGUUUGUACUCUAGAUGUAUUUAGCAUUCAAGAAACUAUAAUAUCAAAAUAACACACUAUAUGCACUUCACUGUGUAAAUCAUGCAUUGAUUCUUAUUAAAGUUCUUCCGUCGAA